UUGGAGCUUGUUUCCUGGGGGAGCGUAUUAUGCGUUGCGGCAUUGGUAUUGACGCACUGCGCACCCAUCUCUUGCAUUGCCGAGUGGGAGUGUGUUAGCGUGAUGUAUCAUAUCCGAGAGUUGGAGCAAAUUCCCUUGGCUUGAGGAACCGUUUCAGACCAUGCGAGAACGGUCUGAUUGUUGUCUGCAUGUUCAGAAGUUGGAACGAGCAGGUGGGGAUGUUGUAACAGUCCCUGGAGGCCAAUUCUGUAAGACACAGCGUCGUUUGGCAGGGGGAACCGGCUGCAGUGCAAAGGGUGGCAUCAUGGGGUAGGAUGUGGCAAGAGUGACUGGGUAGAUCCUCCUUGUCUACCAGUAACUCCACUGGAGAAGUGCCGUGGCAGAGCAGUCAUGUGGCCCCCUUUUGUCAGUUGCAGACAGACAGACAGACAGAGCGCGAGGAAAGGAGGGAGAGCGAGAGAGAGAAAGAGAGAGAGAGAGAGUAAGGUAUAUCAUCACAUCAAGCAACUUACCCAGCUGCAGAAGAAGCUAUUUGGUGGAUCAGUUGCGUGUUUGUCGCCCCCGUUUGUCCCAUACCCGGGAGAGAAUGUGGUCACAGAGCAAGCUUGACUCCCAUUAACGCCGUCAAAUCCCGUGAACCCCUCGCCUUACACCUUACACACACUCACAAGACUCACUCGGGCCUCUCUACCUCACAACACGUCCAUUCCCCUGCGUUUUCCAGUGUUUCUGUCGUGGCUCGCAGGUUACUCUCGUCUCGAUCAAAAGUCUCUGUACCCUGAUUGCUCGAGUGGAUUGGUAGCUGGAAUAUUAUCCUGGCAGGCUUGUUUGGUGCUGGAGCAUUACAGUUGGCUCACCGUGCUCAUCACUGUAAUUAGUACUGCGGCGCCUGUGCGCAUGCGCAGGGAUAUCUUGGAUUCUUGCUCCUGUACGUGUGUAUGUACGAUGUGGGUGGUGACAUUUCAUGGCUUUGGCUUUUGAGGAGCGGAUGCAGCUAGAGUGGUAUCUUUUCUUGGAGUUUUCUUCCGGUUGAGCAGUUUCUGAGAGCAUGUUGAUCAUUUGGCCAUUGAGAGGAGGAAAUUUCAAUCUGUGUUUUGGAUGGAGUGUCUAGGUAGUAUCUGAGCUGAUUGCUGAGUAGUGCGUGUAUGACUUUCUUAAUACUGAGUAUGCGUUUCCCGUUAGGAGCAGUUCCGUAGGUCUCUUUCUCUCUUUUGCUCUGAUAGGCUUCGGGUGUUGCGAGUCAGAAAGAAGCUACCUUAUGCCAAGAAUUGCCGAGCAAUGAGGGAGGCCAUGUACGUGAUGCUACUGGUGGUUUUCUAUACAGGCGAGGCUGCGCUUGGCAUUGGACUUCGCCACUCUCAGACCACAGAAAACUCUGAAAUGGACACUACGACGCUCACCAGCGCUACAAUCAGACUCACAAAUGGAACGACACUCCGGAUUGCUCCAGUUACGACUCUACUCUACAACCUCCACAGAAAUGUAAGCCUCGCAAGUACUCACAGGCGGAAGUUGGGCGAUUUCAGGGAGUGCUCGCCGUGCACAUGCUGUGACUCCAGCCGACGAUGGUGCUUACCCACAGUCUGCUGCUACCACAUUAAUUGUGGAGUUCGAGACCUCCCCUUCGGCCUCUGCUCUUUCACUCCCAUCUCCUGUUCCUGUCUAGGUUGUAGAGACUAGCCCAUUACCCACUUCUCCUGCAGGAUCCGUUAGAGAUAGAUGCUAGAAUGGAUGUUAUCUUAUUGUCCAGAAUCACUGGAGAUUUUCAAUAAGCAAUUGUCUCUAAAUGGGGAAGUUGCGUUCGUUUUUCUGGCAUUUCAUUAUAUGAGAAUUUACCGACAACGAUUCAUUCCA